UCGUUUUGUUAUCUUCCCUGCAACUGCACUCCCCGACGCCAUGCCUUGGGCUUCCACUAUUCUGAUCUUGGCAAUCUGGAGCUGGAUCGCUAUUGGCGAUGGACAAAGCCUGGGUGGAAACGGCAACGAUGAUCGAGGGCAACGUGUCAGGGCUGAAACUGUUCUGCAGUAUGGCAUUAGUUUGGAACUCAAAUCGAGAGUGCCCGACGCUCUCUUGAGCUCUCCUUUGCUGGCACAUUCGGACUCCCUAUGUCUCAACUACAAAUCGUUUCAUGUUCGGCACCCCUCGUACUUCCCCGCAGCCGUGAUUCGGUAUGGCCACUUCUCGUCGGCAAAUAUUCAGCGCGAGAAUAAACCCGAUUACUUCGAAGAUACUGAAGAGAAUGCGCUCGUUCUCCGGGACUGUCACCAGUACGUUCUGCAGGGCAACUUGACCCUGUGUGGAAAUCUGCAUGUCGAUGGUCGCCUCAGCGUCAUGCCUGGGGUAAACGGCACCCGGGUGUUUGACUCGCCCACUCCUUACCUUUUGAACCGCUGUCUUUUGCACUCUCUUCCUCGCUUGGGAUCACUCAAGUUUGAAGGUGCUUCCUUAUUCGUCUCAGGAAGUGUUCAGAUUGGUGGGUCUUUGACAGCUACUGAAGUGCUUUUAGAUUCCGGAGCCGAGGUGCUAGUUGGGAUGCGAGGCGCGCGAGAGGCCGUUCGCGCAACAUUGACAGGGCAGCUUCCUAGCAGUGGCGGAAAGGAGCAUGGGCCUUCUGAAAAUAGGGGGGACGACAUCGAACCGCCCAUAUCCGCCAAAGAUAUUGAGGAGAAAAUUCAAAAGAAACUCGGCAAGCACAUAAAUCAUCUGGUCUUCUUCAGGCGCACGUACGAGCCUAUGGACAAGUGGGUAUCAAGUGACCGGGCGACACUUCAGGCCGCAGGACUGGCAUACGCGGAUUCAAACAGGAAGAAAACUCUUACCGUUGAAAUCAACUGCCCGAUAUUGGGCACGGAUGGUGUGCCGGCGACUGAAGGCGUCAAUGACGAGGCUGGAAUUACCGAACGUGUGAUGGAUUGGCCGGAAACGCCUGCUCCAGUCGGAGACGUUGUAUCUGGCAAGCUUGUUAUCUCUCGAUCGUCACAAAUGGUCGUCUUCGGAAAUAUCCGUGCUGACGCGUCAGAGAUAUACGGUGCCUCAAGAUUGAACUCGGUCUGUGGCAACUAUUUAUCUGAUACUGGGGCGGCGGGGCUGAUCACCAGAGAUGCCUCGAUCGUCACAUUAGGCGGCCUCAGUCUGAACUUAUUUAGCAACUUGUAUGUUCGAGGUGGUUCUUACUUCUAUCAAACCGGACCAGGACAUAUCGCUUUCGAUACACAAGUCAACACAGGUAAGAUAACCACGGCGCUGCAUGUCUGCUGUGUGUUGCCCUUCACUUUCAAAGCUUCGGCCAGCGACAUCUACUUCACCAGCAAUCUUUUAACGUCAUCAGUGGUCCUGGACAAUCUGUCGGAAGCUGUUGUUGGCGGUUCUCUGGAUGCGAUCAGCCUAGUUUCCCUUGUGGAAGCCUCAGAACUUCUAGUCAUGGGAAGCUUCAACUCUACAGCACUAACACUUUUUGACGGCUCAAAUGCCCGGAUUGCUGGCAGAGUGUUUGACGCCGGCUUCGUAAAGCUGGAAUCGAACGGCUUCCUCCAUACGGCACCCACAGAGACAGCUCACGUCAGGCAUGCGCUGAAAUUAGCGCAUAGCAGCACAAUGGUCGUUGACCGAGUUCCUUUGCUCGUGGUCGAUGGAAUGGUAGAAGUUACCAAUUCGGAUUUACAGGUUAAACGGGGAGGGCUGGUCGCGCGAAGCAGCAUUAUUUUGAACGAGGCUCACUUACAGGUCAACGGUAGUCUCGCAGCCUCAGGGAGAUACUUCACUGAGUCGGACGGGAUAACUCGAGCGCAGCUCGAAACGGAGCCUUCACCGGUGCCUGAAACGGAUACCGACAGUGAGCAGGACACGACAGACGAUGCGGAGAUGGAAGACGACUUCGGUUUUCCGGGCGAGGAAACUAAGGAUGCCACCAGCGUGGAAGAAGGAAUUAUGCUUUCUUCUUCGCCUGAGACUGUGCUGCCAGGAAACAGUGGCGGACCUGCGGGUGCUCAAGACGACACACAAGAAAAGAAGCAGGUAGACGAGGUAGAGGAAGAAGAAACAAACCUCAGUUCAAGCCUCUCUGUGGCCACUGAGUGGCACAACACAUCAGGGCUACUGCAAGUGCACAGGAGGCUUGAUGAACAUGAACGGAAGCCCCUUUUGUUGAAUCAGACGCAGUUCGACAGCGACUCCGAAGAAAAUGGGGACUCAUCACACGGGACUUCCGAUGCUCAAGGCUUGCCAAGAGUGUGGAAUAUUCCUGUGUUCGAUUCAGAUGGUGAGGAUGUCUCCUUGACAGAUGACAUGCUGAGCAACGUGGAGGAAAAGAACUCAACGCGUGUUCGACUCCCGGCUCUGGCAGCUGUCCGCUCGUCGAUACUCGUCGGGGGUCAGGUGUACCUCAACAACACUUUCUCCCAACUUGCAGGCAGAUCUAAGCUCACUGUUUUUGGCAAGGGAGGCAUUCGUGUUUCCGGUGGCGGCAGCCUUCAACUGUUCAAGGGCGGACUCGUAGAAGUGAGGCUGGGCGACGUGACGGUAGACAGUGUUCUCUCCCUUCUUGUGCACAGCAACCUUGAGGUCCACAAAGGGAGCAUUUAUUGCGGAGAUCUAUACGUCAGAACAGGGAGCACGCUUGCUGGCGCCAGUGGAGAUCUAAUGGUUAACGGAGGAGCAGAAAUAAGUGGUGGCGCCGAAGUUAGGGUUCGACACUGGCUGACAGUUCAGCGAGAGAGCUUGCACGUGAUGAACGGAGCAGUCGUGUCGGCAGAAGCAAUCGGAUCCGCGUACGGGGACAUUUACUGUGGCGCUGGAUCUGUCGUUCAGUCAAUCAGCGGAGAGAUUAUUGCGCAGCGUCAUAUCAUAGCGCAAGACAGAUGCAAGAUUUUGGCGAGCACGUACAUUCUUGCUAAGGAAGGAAUGAUUUCACUAGAAAAUCGCGGAUACCUAGAAGCUAAAGACACUGUGCUAGCGCCGGACGCCGGUGUGCGGAGAACAAUUGAAUCCGAGAUCAAGUUUGGCCGAGGCCACGUCGAUGUGCAGGUUAUGCAGGUUUCUCCUCCUGACCAUCUCCGCUUUCACCCAGUAUAUCACAGUCCCCUGGGGCCGGAGCUGGACUUCGAAUGGCAUCAACAAGAAGCAUCACUGAAUCAGCGGUGGCCGCUGACGGAGCCAAACACAAGACUGGGAGAAAACGCUUUGUCAGAGGAUCUUCUUCGUCAGGCGCUGUCGCGCCGCGAAAAAGCACUUGGGGAGGACUAGUUGACUCGCACAUCCGGGCAGUGUUUCUGAUCCUGCGGUCGCCAUAUCUAACCCCAGACGAGCCUGUUUGGAGUCGUUUGUACUUUACACCAACAUCCUGCGCAGUGAUCUGAGGGCAAACGGCUUCACGGAGAUGACGCUGUAUUGCCCUAACAAUCGGCGUUAGGUAUGUGAUGGAGAUCACUUAAGUGGUUCAUCUCCACAGUGCCUCCAUAGAAAUGCUAAAAUUUUCUUGAACGUUCCACUUCCCAGCAAUUGCAACGUGCUGCACUAGUCUCCAAUUUCCAUUAACGACAUGCACAGGGAGAUUAACGUAGAGGCACUGUUUGUGUACAAGUUCUGGCAGGACCGCGACCCCCAUAUCGGUUCAUCGCAGCCUGCUCAUCGUGCACCAUGCUCUCAGUCUGUGAUAGUUCUGACAAUGGCCGGCAGACCUUUGAAAGCGGGUGGGUUGCCACAUAUGCACAUGUGGGUUCACGUGCUAAAAGCUUUGUAGUUGCCUGUGGCCCUUUUCGUCAAAAGAACAAUUUCGUUUCUGUAAACAAUGAUAGCGGAGUCUCUUUGCUUGGCAAAUUCCUGCUUGAAUACUAGUAUCUGCCGGUCUUGCAGCAGAGACUGAAGGACGGUGACAGAUACUUACGGCUACCUCUAUACGCCCCUUAAGUACUC